AUGGAAAUCGCUGCAGCCAACGGCCACGUCGAGGUCGUGAAAUGGCUUGGAACCCAACUACCUGGAGCCUGCACGAGCCGUGUUAUCGACAGUGCUGCUGGAAGUGGCCACUUGGAAAUAGUGAAAUGGCUACACGAGAACACGCAAGCUCGCUGUUCUUUCAAGGCAAUGAAUAUUGCUGCGUACAAUGACCACAUGGACGUAUUGGUCUGGCUCCAUGAGAACACGGGUGCUGGCUGUACAGAAGACGCGAUGAACGGUGCGGCAGCUAAGGGCCAUUUGAACGUGGUGAAAUGGCUACAUGAGCAUCGAUCCGAGGGUUGCUCGGCCACAGCCGUCGAAGAGGCAGCA